AUGGCUGUGCCCAGUGUCACCAGCGACAACUUCCUCGCCGUCGCCCUCGUAGUUAACCGUUCGCGUGAUGGUCCAGCUUUCGUGUUUCAUUAUCCUGCGCAAGUUGAGCCUCACUCAAAGUCGAGUUCAGUUACCGGGAACGAGCUCGAAGACAUCCUGCUCGAACGCCUAUCGCAGCAGAGCUUCUCAGAUGUUGCCGAUGACGCGCCUGUUUCUAAGCAGGGACGGAAUCCAGAUGAACACUCCUUCACAGAGUCGGGAUCGCAGAUCGUACCUUGGGAGCGUGUGGCGGGUUUCCCUGCCCGCGAUCUAGCCGGUAUUCUGACGCCUGCCCGCUCAUACCACAAACGGCUCUUUCAAUUAUCAUUAGAUCCACUGUAUUGUGUAUCGUAUCCCAUUCAUGUUCCUGAGAACGGCAGGUGGAAGAAGCCUAAGAAGGCAUCACGCGCCGAAAAGCGCUCUACCUACAACGAUGAACAACUAGCUCCACAUGAAGCUGGUCCUGCAACGACAGGAAAGGCAACUGAACAGCCUGCCGAAGAGAAGGAGGUCAAGAAAGAUGAAGGCAAAGACAAGGACGACGAGAAACGUAGCUCAAUGACCAUGUUCAACCUUGUCUUUAUCCUCAAUCCUAGCAGCAACGAGGUUAAGGAUGUUAUCGAGUCUUUAUACGAUCACAUCAUAAAGAAAGUUAGCAAGGCUUUCAAGUACAGCCAACAACAUAGCGAGUUUGUCUGGAAAGAAUCGAAGCGGAUACUUGUCGCAAAGGACAAGGCGCGAGAGGAGCGCAAACGGAUGAGUGUCCUUUGGAAGGAGAUAUUACAAAGUUCGUCACUGGCCGCUGCCAUGCACGAUAUAUACGAGGCAGUCUCACAAAACAGGAUUGCAGCUCUGCAUCUUGAUACUGCAUCCGGUGCUUUGACCCCCUCCGUUCAGAUUCCUGUGCCCUUCUACAUCGAUGAUCUCCCACAAGGCGAAGAGGGUACUCAGCGUGGCCUGUGGCUGACAACAGCAAACACUUUCAUCAGCCAAGAUGCCCUCGAGGAGCCCGGUUUCCUCGAUCGUAACUUUGCUCUGUUACUGACAGACGACGAGAAGAAGAUCAUUUCUGAGCUUCAAGCUGAUCCGGAUCCCACUACAGCCUCCAUGGUCGAGUUUGUGCGGUUGUCAAAACCAACACAAUCCUUCUAUCAGGUUGGUCAAAGCGACAUCCUCACUUUAGGCCAAGUUCGAAAGUAUGCCCAGCAUUUUAUCUUUUGGCGCCGUGCAAUCGCAAUUCCUCCUCUUCAUGCCAAGGACCAGUACAUCCUGUCUCCCAAUAGCGACCUCUCUCGCCUUCCCCUUGACACUCUCGAAUGGCAGCGGGCAUUCCCCCUGGCUCCACCACUCCCCAACUUCCUGGCCGAGCUAUCUCAGGCGCCCCGGCCAUACAAGCAGUUCUCACCCAGCAAAGCCCAUCGUCCCACUUAUCUACUUAUGCUUGCCUGGCUCAUGCGCCGCGGCUGGGUUACUCAAUUAUGUACCUAUGCCUAUGUUGUUGUCUGGCCUGAGAUUCUGUAUGAGGUCGAGUACGAGAUAGAGGCCGAGGAGCUCAGAGCUGCCGCAGAUCCAAGCAAAGACAAAGAUUCCAAGGAAGACGACUCCUCCACGGCCACUUCGGUCCCCCGCACAUCCGAGUCUUCCGAAGGACACUCCGGUACUGAUGGCUCCCAUAUACCUACUGUUGCUGAGCAGGCUGCUGAAAAAGCCCGCCUGGAGCGUAUCGCUUCCAAAGCCCAGCGUGACGCCGCGGAAAAGGCUACUGCGCACGCCCGAAAACCCAUCCCAGUUGCAACUGCGCAUCCAUCCGUUAACGACCAUCCACAUCUUCAAGGACUGGUACCAUACAUCAUACUAGAUGCCAAAAAGGCCACUGGAAAAGAGUCUCGCUACCUGUCGACUAUCGCGCGUCGCUUCAACGACGAAAAGUUAGCAAACAGCUGGCAAGUUAUGUGCAAGUAUUUCGAUGGACGUUGUGCGCUUGAACGCAUCGCAUUACAAGAGGAAAUGAAGCGGAAGCUGGUAUGGAACACACUAACAGCCAUGAGCGAGUAUCUUCUCUGCACUCGUCAUUGGUGA